AUGGACGCUACGAUCGGGCACGGGGUGAUAUGUACCCUGGACGAGUGCGCACGCCGCGCCAAGGAGGCGGACGGGCACGAAGUUUCGAUUCGCACGUUGGGAGUGCUCGAGCGUUUCGAUACUGACACCGAGCGCGGGACGCUGCGAGCGACGUCGAAGAGUGCGUCUGGUGCUGACGACGUACACAUCGACGUUGACUUCAGCGCCGUGCGACGAGACGAGGACAGCGCGUUCGAUGGCGCCGUUCGCACCGGAUCGCGCGUGUGCGUCAUUGGCGAGGCGAGACGCGUCGGCGACGAAGCACUGUUUGAGAUACGCGCGCGCGUCGUGCGCGCGAUGGAUGGGUUGGACAUGCGCGCGUACGGAAAGGCGUUGGAAAUCCGCCGAAAAUUCCUGGGCGAAACGCCGCCGUAG